CAAUGACAUUUUAAUUUUGCAGAGCAGAAAUCGCUAUGUUUCAUGUGUAUUUUAAUUUAUUUCCAUAAAUUUAUGUCUCCGGCAUUAUAUAUUAUUAAUAAAUAAAUUACCACGGAUGGCAAAUAUGUCGUCCAUUAAUAAGAUACUUAAUAGCAUAAUAAACAAUCAAACAAAAUUCUGUUGCUUGUGCCUAGAUGUUAUUAGCCCAGAAGAAGAAGCUAUUCAUAUUAAAGACGAAGUAGUGGUUAACGUAAAUGGAUCUGAGAACAUGCUGCAGAUCUCAGAGGUGUUGAAAUUUGUUUUGGGGGCUAAAACCUACCAAUAUGUAAAUACUUUUGACACAAUAUGUGACAAGUGUACAAGAAUGACUCUAAGUAGUUAUACAUUCAUACAGACAAGUGAACAAAAUGCAGAGUACAUGGCAAGAUGCAUAGAAGCCCUGACUAACAGCAUAGAACACACUACAGAUAAUGUCAACAGUAAAUCACUUUACCUCACAUUAAACAUGGAAGACUUCACAAGUAAGCAGUUGUAUGAUUGCGAACAAGUACCAAAGAACGCUAAAGAUGUAUUACAAAGGUUUCAAACAGUAGAAAAUGCAAGCAAGAUAAAAUUGACUAAGGAGUUAAAAAUGAAAAGAGAGUUCAAAAGUCGAAAAACAGAAUUUUUGAGUAUGCUAUUAGAUCCAAAUAAUCCUGAGUCGAUCAAGUGUAAGGAAUGUUUUAAUGUGUACCCCAAUUUGUGGGGCUUAAAGAGCCACUACAUUAGGGUGCAUGCACCUAAAAAGUUCAAGUGUCCGGAAUGUCCAUGUAGUUAUGGAUCAAAACCGUACUUAGAUGCGCAUAUAAAGGAGAGUCACUGUAGUAUUGUUUGUAGUGAAUGUGGAAAGACUUUCAAAAAUAGACAUACAUUAAAAAUGCAUGAAAAGGGCCACAAUUUGGCGAUUAUGUGUCCCGACUGUGGCAGGGUAUACAAGAACCAAACAACAUAUAAAAAGCAUAAAGAGAUGAAUGUUUGUGGACGGAAAACUAGAGCUAGCCCAUCUGACGCUAAGCUUACAUGCGAUUACUGUAAUAAAAAGUACACACAGAAAGUGUCAUUGCGAGUUCAUAUACAAUACGAGCAUGGGAAUUAUAAAGCUCAUAUAUGUGAGUGGUGCGGUAAAAAAUUUUGGGCUCAGAGUAGAUUAAAAGCGCACAUUGUCAAACAUACAAAGGAAAGAAAUUAUAGUUGCUCUAUUUGUGGUGGGAAGUUUGUCACUAAAGAGUCAUUGCUGUACCACACACGCACGCACACAGGCGAACGCCCAUACAAGUGUUCAGAGUGUAACUGCCGAUUCCUCUCUGCAUCCAGAAGAUCAGAGCAUAUAAAACGGCAUCAUCAAGGUGCAACUUUAGAAUGUGAUGUAUGCCAUAGCAAAUUCACUUCAGUAUCGUUUUUACAAAAGCAUAAAAAGACGCAUGAAAAUGAUGAAAAUAAAGUUACGGGAGGUGAAAAACCAAAAUCUGAUGAAAAUAAAAUUAGUAAUGCGAAAGUAACCCUAGGAAAGGAAAAAAAUGAAGCAAAUCAGUAUGAAUGUAAAAAUGAAUUUUAUGAUAACAGCACUCAAUCUGAUGAGGAUGGUAAAGUGUAUUUAGAAGUGUGUGAAGAAGGUGAGGAAUAUAUUUUAACAAUAGACACAGUUUAAUUCUUUUUAAAUUAGUUGUCCUAUCUCUUCUGUACAGUUAGUUCAUUGUACUAUAAUGCAAGUGUAUAAUAAAUUUAAAAUUUUCAUUUCAAUUUAAUGAAAGGUAUAGCUGCACACAAAAUAAGAAUAAACAAAUAUUAAUUUUACAUAUAAGAUUUGUAUACGUAUUUUUAAUAGUAUGUACCAAUAACUAUCCAUUUAAGAAAUAUAUUGGGGACUUCCUUUGUAUAUUUGAACUUUGAAAUAACAUUACUGUAGGUAAACCAAAGUUCAUGAAUUAUGUAUUUAACCUGAAUUGUACUGGCAGUAAAUAAACAGUAUAAUAUUUUA